AUGACCAGUUUAGGGUCUACAUCGCUACACUUCGCCGCUCGCUAUGGAAACAACGGGAUGGUCGAUCUCCUUCUUAGACUUCCAAUCGACAUGGAUGUCGCGUAUUCUGAUAGGAAAACCGCCCUCGCAGAAGCCGUAAAGGGGAAUCAUGUCGAGACCGUCCGCCUGCUCUUGCAAUACCGUCUAGUUGGCGACGAUGAGUACUACGAGCAUUACGAUUACAUGUACAUUGCUUACGAGAAGAAGAACUGUGUUGUUGCCAGACUUCUCAUCGAGGAUGAGGCAAGUUAUGGCGCGAACCAGGGAUUGACUGAGGCUGCUAGGUGCAACCAAGUUGACUUCAUGCGCUUCUUGAUCGACAACGGAGCUGAUGCGGACAGGCCAUAUAAUGGGUGGAGAAACACCCCGCUCUGUACAGCUGUUCACUUCAGAAAAAUUGAGGCUGCGCGUCUCCUACUCGCACGAGGGGCUUCCGCGAAUGGCUGGCCAGGCGAAUAUGGUGAAACGCCCCUCAUGAGUAUAUAUGGCAGCCCCGCAGACCAAGAGAAAGCCCUGAUAAAGCUGUUGAUUGACAGUGGAGCAUCUAUAAAUCUCUCUCGCCCUCGGUUUGAUGGAGGUCGCAAGGCGUUCACGGCCUUGUCAAGCGCUUGCCUUGAGGCAAUGGAUUGGGUCAUUGAGGAGCUGCUGAAAUAUGGAGCUGACCCCAAUCUUGGCUGGCCUACAGCUUUGGAACGGGCAAUAGAUGGAAUUUGUGGAACAAAUAUUGUAAAACUGCUUCUGGACGCAGGAGCGCGUCUUGAUCUGGUUUCACAGCGCUGCUUUGCCAAAUUGCGAAGCUUAGCCUCUAGCGAUUUCGAAAAGAUUGACUGGGAGGAAGAAGACAUUCGCGAGCCCAGGGAAAAGCUGGAACUUCUACGACUACAUGCCCCAGGAGGUCAAUUGUAA